UAAUAAACAAUAAACAGCUGUUUUCUUAUGGCCUCAAAAAGGGUGGUGCAUACAAACGGUUAAAUGAGUAAAUGUAGUGUAAUUUCACAAUAUGGAUAUAUCGAAAAAUAUCAAAUUUUUUGAAGCGUGUAAUAUCCUACAGAGAAUACAAAAGGCUCCAAGUCCAGCUGCAAAAGAAAAGCUAGUACGCCACUAUUACGAAUCAUUUCAAAAGUUUCGGCUAUUAUUCCGUGAGAGAGUGGGCCUCACUGCAGCAGAUCGAGAGGAUGGUGGUACCAGUUUCUUUUGCAUCCUUAGAUGUUUAGUACCCCGUGAGGAUAUGUCUCGUAAAGCAUAUGGACUCCAAGUCAGUACGCUUGGUAGUGUCUACACAGAAGUGCUACAACUAAAUAAAGAUUCACGCGAUGCACAGCUUUUACAAGCGCGCACAUAUAAUGGUUCUGGCAAUGACUUUGCAGAGAUUUUGCGCGAAGUGCUGUAUCUGCGAGGCGGUAAUGGCAAAGGCAUGAGUGACCUGUCGCUUUAUGAUGUGCAUGAGAUGUUAGAUACUAUAGCAGAUGGUGAUCGCCAGGACACGAAAAAGGUAUUAACCAGCUUAGCGGAGGUAGCAACGUCCGCAGAGCAAAUGUGGUUCGUACGUUUACUGCUAAAAAACCUGCGUCUGGGAAUUGGCGAACAACGCAUUUUCGCGCUCAUACAUCCACAGGCGAGAGAUCUCCUUAGACGUUGCUCAGAUUUGAAACGCGUCUGCUGUUUGCUGGCAAACAACGAAAUAAGUAAUGAACCUUUAACCGACCAACCAAACGAAACUAAAAAUGCUCUUACCACAUUCAAUCUAAAUAAUAUCGUACAACCCUUCCAACAUAUAAAAGCUAUGUUAUGCGAAAUGUUUCAUGGCAGCUUAGAGCAAUUAAUGGCUGAGGAUGUGCUUUAUUUGGAGACCAAAAUGGAUGGUGAACGUUUUCAAUUGCAUUACGAAAAUGAACGUUUCAAAUAUAUAUCACGUAAUGGCAUUGACUACACUGAUAGUUUCGGUGAAGACUUUUUGACCGGAUCAUUGACACCAUUACUCCAAUCGCUAUUACCGAAUAAUCUACAAUCAAUAAUUCUCGAUGGCGAAAUGAUGGUCUACGAUAUGCGGCGUCAAUGCUACCGUGACAAAGGCGAAAAUACAGACGUCAAGCAUUUGAAUAACAGACAAAAUUGGAGACCUUGUUUCGUGGUCUAUGACGUGCUAUAUUAUAACGGUAGCAGCUUAUUGGAAAUGCCCUACGUACAGAGAUGUCAAAGAGUCGUUGAACUUAUAAACAGAGAGGAGCGUGGUGUGUUGCAAAUAAUGCGUCCAAUCAAAUUAACAUCGGCAGCGCAGUUCCAAGAGCUUUUUCAGCAAGCGCUAGAUGCGCAGGCGGAGGGGGUAGUGCUGAAAAAACAAAACUCCAUCUACCAACCAGGCAUACGCAACGGUGGCGGUUGGUACAAGAUAAAGGCCGAUUACAUCACUGGCUUGACCACUGAAUUCGAUUUGCUAGUCAUUGGUGGUUUCUACAACAAAACGCGCACUUUCAUACAAUCCUUCUUGCUUGGCGUACUCAAGUACAACUCCGAAACACAGUACGAGGUUUAUAGCGUUGGCAAAGUCGACAAUAGAACACGCCAGCGAGCAAUAUUGAAUGACACACUCAAACAACAUUGGCACGAUUGUAAACGAGAGCCACCACCGAGCUGGUAUCAUUACAAGCCAAGCAGUGCUGAUGGCCGGCCCGAUGUGUGGAUCGAACCAAAUAAUUCCGUCAUACUGCAAAUUAGGGCUACCGAUUUAGCGCCUUCCUCCGCUUUCGCGUUGCCUAAAUCAUUGCAUUUUCCGCGCGUAGAAAUGUGGCGCAACGACAAACUGUGGAACGAGUGCCUCUCGUGGCAUGAUUACAUGACAAUGAUACAGGGGGAAAGUGGUCUCACGAAAAUCCACAAGCGCCAAGUGGAGUUGAGUGAUUUGUUAUUGCCGCAAAAGAAGCGUAAAUUAACUGCGGCCGAGCGGCGCAAAUUGGGCGUUUUAUCCUAUGAACGCCGUUUCAAUGCAGAUGAGGUAAAACAGCGCUCAAAUUUGUUUGAGGGCUUCUCAUUUUGCAUACUGAGCGCUAGCUUGAAAACCGGUUACACGCCUGAGGCACUCAAAGCAUUGGUUGUCACCAAUGGCGGCGAUAUAGUCGAGAAUCCCUUACAGGACCCCAGAUGCAUAUCGGUGGCGGGCGAUAUCACAUUUCGUGUAGAAACUUUGUGUAAAUCGCGCCGUUAUAGCAUUGCCAAACUAAGCUGGCUGGUGGACACCUGUGAAAAGCAAGAGUUGGAAUUAACGCCAAUUGACAUGAUUUGCACGACGGAUGAGCUGGAAUCUGAAUUCUCGAAAAUAUUCGAUAAAUAUGGUGACUCAUACAGACAGUGCACGGAUGUGGACAAAUUAAUGCGUGUGCUGGAAGGCAUAAAGGAUGAAGACAUCGCUGUCGCGAAGUCUUCCGCCGCCGAUUUAGCCGAACUUGAAACGUUGUUGUUUGAUGAAUCUGUCGAUUAUUUUACAAAUUGCAAUGCUGCAUUUUAUAGCAUAGAUCAGCAAACGAAUUUAGCGAAAUUGAUUUUCACGUAUUUUGGCGGCAAGUGCCUGGAGGUAAAUGCGUCCAACUUUCAAAGCAUCAAAUAUGUGCUGGUCAAUAUCAAUUUAAUCGAUAAAGUUAAAUUGAAGGCUUGGAUUUCCGAGCGAUUUAAGAAUUAUUUGGGCAAUCUUUAUGUCGUUAACAUUGCUUGGAUAUUUCAUUCACAACGCGCAAACCGAAAACUCGACAUACUUGAAUAUAUGUGGAGUGAAAUUUAAUUGUGAUCAAUCAGUGUUUUAUGUGUAUGUAUGUGUUUGUGUAAGUUGCUAAAGCUGUUGUUAAAUUUUUGUGAUGUAUUAUUGACAUUUUUUAAGCGCAUUUCACACGCUGCAAAUUUUGUUUUUAAUUUUACACGUUUCUUCAAUAUUUGUGUACGCUUGAUUGAUGUGUAAUAUUAUAUAAAAUGUUUUAAAAAAUAUGUAUGUAAUAGGGCGCUGAAAAUUAUUCGAAUAACCUGUAAACCGAUUAUUCGAAUAUCCGGUUUGUAACCUGUAAACCAAUUAUUCGAAUAUCCGGUUUGUAAUCUGUAAACCGAUUAUUCGAAUAUCCGGUUUGUAAUCUGUAAACCGAUUAUUCGAAUAUCCGGUUUGUAAUCUGUAAACCGAUUAUUCGAAUAUCCGGUUUGUAAUCUGUAAACCGAUUAUUCGAAUAUCCGGUUUGUAAUCUGUAAACCGAUUAUUCGAAUAUCCGGUUUGUAACCGUUCCAAAAAACCUAACCAGUUAAUAUUAUUCGAAUAGUCGCAAUAGUCGACAAUAAAUGGUUUACCGGAUAGUCGAAAAUUUGCGGUUAAUCGAAUAGUCGACGACUUAUGACUAUUCGGAUACUGCAAAUCGAAUAUUAUUAUUCGAAUAAUGCCCUAUCGGGAUAAUCCGGUUAGUCGAAUACCAAGAGCUCUAGUAUGUACCGUAUAUUGUUUUAUAUGUCACUAAUUUUUAAUAAAAAUUUAUAGUAAAAAAUCUAAAGAGUUAAUAAA